UAGUUACACAGCACUGGAGCAAAGUGCAUUCGCUUUUGUUUAUUUCCCAACGCAAUAUGAAAAAGUAACAAAUAAUUUACUAUUAUGACACUGGCACACCGGGCGCUUUUUACGUGGUUCAUCGUCCUAGUCUUUCUGAUCUUGCUGUGCCUGCGCUUAGACCCGCGCACCACCUGGAAUUGGUUUGUCACGUUCACGCCGCUCUGGUUCUUCGAUGUGAUUAUCAUAAUUUACGUGAUCAUCAAGUUCAUCCGCAAGUGGCGCAACCUCACCUGCCUGACAGACCUCCUCUUCCUCUACAAAUGGAAUAUUGCCGGUGUACUUCUAACCAUCUCUUCCCAAGUGAUGAUAUGCCUAACGCUGGAGUACCCGCAACAGAUUCCCAUUUAUGUGACCGUUGCCCCGGUUAUCCUACUGCUGAGCACCGCCAUCUUUUAUGUGGGUAGCCGGCUGGGAAAACGCGAGGGUUGGAUUCAGUAGAUUUAAGAAUAUAUUGUAGGAUUAGGUGUACAUAAAGUGGAAACUUAAAA